GUGACAAAUGUGACGUGACAAAAGAAUGACUCAGAUCAGGAGGUGAGGUGAGGUGAACUAACAGACUGCAUCGCCUGAAGACCUAAAGCUAAGCUAUUAAUUAAUCAUUUCCGUUUCUCAUAAUUCGGCCUCGGUUGCAUUAGCCAAUAGUUUAUUUUAAAGUUUAUUAAGUAGUAGAUGUGUUGGGGAAUUUAACAUGUAACAUUUUAAUUAUAUUCUGUUGAAAUGACCAAAAUGACUCGGAAAAAGAUUCAUUCAUUUUGCUGAACAAGAUUGAAAGAUCUGCGUCAGUAAAAUGAUCCGAACUUCCCAUCACUACAGCCAACCUGGAAGUCAGCAUCACUAUGGUUCCCUCGACAAAAAGCCAAUAUGAUUUUUCCAUUGGUUUUUGGAUUAUUGCAGAAAAUAAGCUCUGUGACCAACAAAAGUUUAUGAUUCUUACACGUUUUGUUCAUCAAGAUAAUCUUCACACAUGAACACAACUUCUAUGAAUUUUGAAGCCUCAAUAGAAUUGCCAGAAGUAUAAUGCUAAAGUUAGGCUAGAAAUGAACUACACCACGGUCGCAUGACUUCAACGUCACCACCACUAAGCUUCCAACAACUCUUUCAAUCCUUAUAAAAAAUUAAAAACACUACAAUUGGAAAAUACUAUAAAUUGAUAAAUCUACAAGUGUGAAAUUUUGAGUUGGAAUAGUUUGAAUUUUCCUGUUCGCCAUGAUGACGUUUAAUGUCCCCGACAACCUCUGCAGUCCCGUUUAGCCACUUGUUAGCAACCGAAUUUUUCAAGACAUGUUAAAGCUUAACAAAAUCACGAGUGGGGUAUUACUGAUGUAUUUUGUGUAGUAAAGUGAAACGUGUACAUGUCUUGAGCUUGGGUUAACCACAGACCUUAUUUCAGGCAUUUAUCCAAAAACCCAUUCAAGAAACCCACUGACUUUGUGACGAUGGAACCGGAAUGCUAAAAUGCUAACUCAUUUCCGGGGUUUUAGGACUCAUUUUUACAGCACUCUAUGAGAGGAAGAUUUUUUCUUUACAAUGCUGAAUUCAAAAUCUGUCUAAUUUGUCAAAAACAAAUAUAAAAACAAAUCUCUCAAUCUCCAAAUUUAGAGUGGAUGUGCGUAUUUCACAUGGUGGCUCUUACCAUAAUAAUAAUAAUAUAAAAAAGUAGGUCUCGUCAUAGAAGUGUGAGCACCCCUGCAGCCAAUUUGUUGAUUAGCUCUUUGAGUGAAGCAGCCAGUUAUUUAGUACCUCAACUCACACAAGCAACGACUCAGGCCUGCAGCACUUUAUUUCUGAACUGUUUAUUCAAGUUUAAGGGUUUAUUCAGCUUAUUAAUAGUAACAUUCUGAAUUGAUAACACCAUCUGAGUUGAUGAAACAUCGCUGCUGAUGAUAUUUCUUUUAUGACUGCUUGAAAGUGUUUGGUUUGAAAUUGCUUAAGAGUGCAGUUGUUUAACUUGUUUUACAAUUCUUUAAUUGUACUAGAAGGGUAACUUAAUUUCAUGUCAUUUUACUUUAUUUUGUUAAUUAAAUACAAUCCAGGUUUAUAUUUUUUAUAAUUAAUGUGUAAGUUUUGGUUUUAUUUGAUAAUGAGGUAAGAAAGAAGCCGGUAUUCAGAUUAAAGCGUUUAUGAUGUGAGCAGCUGAUAAUAUUCAGGGAUAAAUAAUUUAGAGAGAUCUGACCUAAAAUAGGAUCCAGGGGUAAGAAGCCCAUCAUGUGAAAAAUGUUCAAUAAAGUUUUCAAAUAUUUGAAUAGGAUUCGCAUAGAAGUAAUGUUAAGGAAAAAGAACAGAGCAAGGAUGUUAUACUGUAGCAGGAAGCCCAGUACUGAGAAAAAGGAGAAAAUUUCCCUCACAUACAGAUCUCUGUGUGAAAUCAGACUUUCUGCUAGAAUGAGGAACCUGACGGCUCUGCUGUUUCUGCUGUCGCUCUGCUCUCUUCAUCUGGUGUCUAGCUUUCCCACCAGUUUCAACCACAUGACUAGCUGCUGUUCAAAUACAAGUACAGUGAAGAUCCCUCUAAAGAACAUUGUGACCUACUGGUGGACCAGGAACAACUGCCCCAUAAAGGCCAUUGUCUUUGAGACUCUAAAUAAUAAACAGCGCUGUGUGGAUCCAACAGCUGUUUGGGUCAACCAUCACAUGAAAGCAGUGGAUCUUAGAAACAGCACCACUGUAACAGCAAAACCCUGAAUCUCAGCGUUAGAUGGGUUUUCAACACCGAAGACCAACCUAAUAUAUAGAACAAAUUUUGAUAUUACUCAUACAAUAGACAUUACAGCAUAUUCUCACCUCUGAGUCUCAGUGUGACAGCACCGCCUGGUGUUUUUAAGAUUUCAGUAUUACUGUCUGUUCCGUAUUCAUGUUUGUAUCCAGUUAAUGAAUCUGUAAAAUGAAAUGAAUGGUGUUAUGCACAUGUAACAUAUAACUAGUAAAAUUGUGCAGAAUUUUU